CAAAAUCCGCACUGUAAUGGUAAUCGCUGUCAGUCUACUGUCAAGUUGUGUAUGGAAAUGGUACAGUGACUUCGAUUUUGAUGAAUAUUGUAUUAUACCAGUUAGCGUUUUUAAAAAACAAGAUAGUUUUUUAAAAAGUUCAAGAACAGUGAAAUGGGUCAAAAUCAAUCUGGAAGUGGUAGUGGUGGAGACAAAAAAGACGACAAAGACAAAAAGAAGAAAUAUGAGCCACCAAUUCCUACUAGAGUUGGAAAGAAAAAGCGUAAGGCUAAGGGACCUGACGCUGCCUUAAAACUACCUCAAGUAACACCUCACACACGAUGCAGAUUAAAGCUGUUGAAGCUAGAAAGAAUAAAAGAUUAUCUUCUUAUGGAGGAAGAAUUUAUUCGGAAUCAAGAACGCCUUAAACCACAAGAGGAGAAGAUUGAGGAAGAAAGAUCUAAGGUAGAUGAUUUGAGAGGAACACCCAUGUCUGUUGGUAAUCUGGAGGAAAUAAUUGAUGACAACCAUGCAAUUGUUUCCACUUCUGUUGGGAGUGAGCAUUAUGUCAGUAUUCUGUCAUUUGUGGACAAAGAUCAGCUUGAACCUGGAUGCUCGGUGCUUUUGAAUCAUAAGGUACAUGCUGUUGUGGGUGUUCUUGGUGAUGAUACAGAUCCAAUGGUUUCCGUGAUGAAACUGGAGAAGGCACCACAGGAAACAUAUGCAGAUAUUGGGGGUCUUGAUACACAGAUUCAAGAAAUCAAGGAAUCAGUUGAGUUACCACUAACUCAUCCUGAAUAUUAUGAAGAGAUGGGCAUUAAGCCACCAAAAGGUGUGAUUCUGUAUGGGCCGCCAGGGACAGGCAAGACAUUGUUAGCAAAGGCUGUUGCAAAUCAAACAUCGGCCACAUUUUUGCGUGUUGUUGGAUCUGAGCUAAUUCAGAAGUACUUGGGUGAUGGACCUAAGUUAGUGAGGGAACUAUUUAGAGUUGCGGAAGAACAUGCUCCAUCUAUUGUCUUUAUUGAUGAAAUUGAUGCAGUUGGCACAAAACGGUAUGACUCAAACUCGGGUGGUGAAAGAGAGAUUCAAAGAACUAUGUUGGAGCUACUUAACCAACUUGAUGGUUUUGACUCGAGAGGUGAUGUCAAGGUUAUAAUGGCGACAAACCGAAUUGAAACUCUAGAUCCAGCGCUCAUACGUCCAGGUCGUAUUGAUAGGAAGAUAGAGUUUCCCCUACCUGAUGAGAAAACCAAGAGGCGCAUAUUCACUAUACAUACAUCUAGAAUGACACUCGCAGAGGAUGUCAACUUGUCUGAACUCAUCAUGUCAAAGGAUGAUCUCUCCGGUGCUGAUAUAAAAGCAAUUUGUACUGAAGCUGGUCUAAUGGCAUUGCGGGAACGUCGCAUGAAAGUAACAAAUGAAGAUUUCAAAAAGUCUAAGGAAAGUGUCCUGUACCGUAAAAAGGAAGGAACCCCUGAGGGCCUUUAUCUUUAAGAGUGAUUAUUGUAACUGCACAUCCAUACUCAAGGAUAUAAUUAAAUAUAUACAUAAAU